CCCCUGCUUAUCUACCACCUCUCUCUUUUUUCUCUCUCCCUAGCUCUCUUUCGCUUUGGCUUCCCAUCAAGGAAACCUUGGACCUAUCGUCUCCGUCUCCACCUAUUUUAUUUCGUUCGUGACUCGAGGGAUCUCACAAAACCCUAAUUUUUCUUUGUUUUCGAUCUUUUGUGGUUUGUCUGUUCAUCGUUUGUCAUUGAUUCGGAGGUUUUGACAUCGUUUGCAAAGGAUUAUAUGCUUGGGUUUUAUUUUCUUCGAUCUGAAUCUAAUUCAGGAGCGGCAAAUUUAGGGUUUUUCGUUCUUGUUUUGUAGGGUUUUUGUUUGGGAUACAACGGAUUUGGUUUUUGCUCUCAGAUGCAUAUCUUGUGAGGGUUCUAUUAUUCGAUUUGUGCCGGAUGGCGAAGGGCACUGAUUCAGAGCCGUUCGUAUUGUUGUCGGGUGUUAGGACCGGCCUCAAACGCGAGUUUGCUUUCGCCUUGAAGGUCCAAUCGGAGCUUUCUGGUUCACUUGGUCGAACUCGGUCGAGGAAGUUUGAGAAUAGCCCUUCUAGUGAAGGAGUUUCAGAGAAUUCGAGGAAUAAGAGACUCAAGAGUUCUCAUGCAAAGAAGGGUGUCAAGGAUGCUGAGGUGAAAAGUUCAAUCAUAGAGGAGGCGAAGAGAGACUUGGUGGCAUCUCUUCUCGAGGAGCCUAAGAGUGAUCUGGUAAAAUCUGCGGGCGAAGAGGAGGCCGAAAACAAUUCUGUACAACCUAUAGGAAUAGAGGAGUCAAAUGGUGAUCUUUUGAAACCUGAAAGCGAAGAGGAGCCCGAGAGCAAUUCUGUACAACCUAUAGGAACAGAGGAGUCCAAUGGUGAAAGCGGAAAUAAGCCCGAGAGCAACCCGGAACAAUCAGUAGGAACAGGGGAGCCCAAUGGUGACAAUGUGAAACCUCUGACCGAAGAGGAGCGCAAUUGCAAUCCAGUACAAUCUGUGGGCAUAGAGGAACCCAACAGUGAUCUGGUGAAACCUGCGAUCGAGGAGGAGUCUGAGAACAAUCUGGUGCAAUCUGUUGAAGCGGAAGGGCCUGGCAACGAUCUGAUGAGACAAGUCGGAGAAGAGGAGACCAAGAAUGAUUGGGCAGAGUAUGUAGAAUCAGAGAAGCUGGCGAAACCUGCAACCGAGGAGGAGCCUGAGAACAAUCUGAUACUAUCUGUUGAAGCAGACAGGCCCGCCAACGAUCUGAUGAAACAUGCCGGAGAAGAGGAGACCAAGAAUGAUCGGUUAAAGUCUGUAGAAUCAGAGAAGCUGGUGAAACCUGCGACAGAGGAGGAGCCUGGGAACAAUCUGAUACAAUCUAUUGAAACAGAGAGGCCCGACAGCAAUCUGAUGAAACAUGCCAGAGAAGAGGAAACCAAGAAUAAUUGGUUAGAGUCCGUAGAAUCAGAGAAGCUGGUGAAACCUACCGGAGAAGUGGAGACCAAGAAAGAUUGGGUACAAUCUAUAGAAACAGAGAAGCCCACUAAUGAGGUCGCCUUGAAGGUUCAAUCUGAGAUGUCUGAUUCAAUUGGUACGACUAGAGCUAGGACGUUUCAAAAUGACUCUUCUAGUACUGGGGUCUCAAUGUAUUCAAGAAAUAAGAGAUUUAAGAGCUCCCAUGCAAAGAAGGAUCUGGAGAAUAAUGAGGUAAUGUCUUCAACCAAUGGCGGGCUUAAGAGCGAGCUUAAAUCUCUUUGUGAGGAUGAACCCAAGAGUGAUCUGGCUAAACCGACGAAUGAAAAGGAGCCCAAGAAUAACUGUGUACAAUUUGUUGGAACAGAGGGGUCCAAUGGUAACAUGGUGGUGCAUGCUGGUAAAGACCAUAAUUCACCCAAUAGCGAUUUGGUAAAAUGCGUAGAACCAGAGGAGUCUAAUAAUAAUGAAGCAAAAUCCCAGGCUGAAAAGGAUCCAGAGGGCGACAUUAUGAAAUCUCAAACAGAAGAAAGCACUGUCAAGGAAGCCCAAAUGGUGGUUCAUGAUAAUUCUGAGGUAGAGACUCCCUUGCCUGCAAGGCCUCCAAGGCGUUUUACUCGUUCAGCCUUGACAGAGGAACUGAAGAACAAUUUACUAAAAGCAGUUGUGAAAGAGGAACCAAUUGAGAUUCUAUCUCCAGUUAGUAAGGAGCCAAGAUGUGACCCUGGGAGACCUAGAACAGAAGGAACCAGUUCGGGAAUUCCAAUGGUGAUUGAUGAUGUUAGCGAAGGACAAAAUGCCUCGCAGGAGAACUUGCCUAAGCGGUUUACUCGUUCAGCAUUGAAGAUACCCAAGGCUGAGCCAAUAGAGGUAUCUGCAAGUACGAGUGGGGAUUCUGUUGUAUCAGAAGAUUCCAAGAAUGCAGCAAUUGCAAAAGGCAGUUCUGUUGUGUCAGAUGAUGCUAAGAGCGAGGCAUUGGCCAAAUGUGACAGCAAGAAGGAUGAUGUGGUUAGCCCAUUGAAAACACCUCCAAAGAAGAAGUUAGAACUGAAAAUGUCUAAAAAGAUUGCCUUGACCAAGUUUCCCUCAAGGGUGAAGGAGCUCCUUGAGACUGGUUUGCUGGAGGGAUUGCCUGUCCAGUACGUUUAUCGCAGCAGGAAGCAAGGAGGACUUCGGGGAACGAUUAAAGAUUGUGGGAUCUUGUGUACCUGUACAUCCUGUAAAGGAUGCAAAGUUGUUACACCCUUUUAUUUUGAGCAACAUGCGGGUAGUACAAAUAAGCGCCCAUCGCAAUAUAUUUACUUGGAGAAUGGGAAUAGCCUUCGUGAUGUUUUAGAGGCAUGUAAAGGUGCUGCUUUGGAUGAGCUGGAAGCAGUUAUUAAAAGUGCAAUCGGUCUAUCAACAAUGAAUGAUUCUACCACCUGUGAGACAAGUCCCGCUUGUACAACUGGUACCACUUCCAGGUCACCGAACCCAGCUUUUACUCCAAGAUCAUCCAACAGUUCUUUGAAGAGUGUAUCUGUGCCAAAGAGUAAAGGGAGGUUAACGAGAAAAGAUCUACGAUUGCAUAAGUUGGUCUUUGAGGAAGGCGGGCUACCAGAUGGAACUGAAGUAGGAUAUUAUGCACAUGGAAAGAAAUUGCUGGAGGGUUACAAAAAAGGUUUUGGAAUAUUCUGUCGUUGUUGCAACACUGAGGUCAGUGCAUCACAGUUUGAAGCUCAUGCUGGUUGGGCUUCACGGCGCAAACCGUAUCUAAACAUUUACACAUCCAAUGGAGUGUCACUUCAUGAAUUGUCACUAUCUCUGUCAAAAGGCCGGAAGUUUUCUGCCAGUGAGAGCGAUGAUCUCUGCACCAUUUGUGCAGAUGGUGGGGAUCUUCUACUUUGUGAUGGAUGUCCCAGGGCCUUUCACAAAGCUUGUUUGUCUCUAUCAAGUGUUCCUCGUGGUGAUUGGUAUUGCAAAUAUUGCCAAAACAUGUUUGAGAGAGAAAAAUUUGUAGAGUAUAAUGCCAAUGCAAGGGCUGCUGGAAGGGUUCCAGGAAUUGAUCCUAUAGAGCAGAUAACCAAGCGGUGCAUACGUAUUAUCAACACACCCGAAACUGAAGUUGGUGGAUGUGUUUUGUGCAGAGGCCAUGGAUUUACCAAAUCAGGGUUUGGUCCACGCACGGUUCUGCUUUGUGAUCAGUGUGAGAAGGAAUAUCAUGUUGGUUGUUUGAGGGAACACAACAUGGCAGAUUUGAAGGAAUUGCCAGAAGGGAAGUGGUUCUGUUGCACGGAUUGCAGUAGGAUACAUUCUGCUUUGCAGAAGUUGCUACAUCGUGGAUCUGAGAAGCUCCCAGACUCUCUUUCGAAUAUCAUAAAGAAGAAACAAGAGGAAAAGGGUUCAAACAAUGAUGCUGACCUUGAUGUAAGAUGGAGACUUCUUAGUGGAAAAAAUGCUUCUCCUGAAACUAAAUUGUUGCUAUCCAAGGCUGUCGCGAUAUUCCAUGACCGCUUUGAUCCUAUAGUUGAUUCAACUACAGGACGUGACCUUAUCCCAUCCAUGGUUUAUGGGAGGAAUUUAAGGGACCAAGAAUUUGGAGGAAUGUAUUGUGCAGUAUUAACAGUGAACUCAUCUGUAGUAUCAGCUGGAAUUAUUCGGAUUUUUGGACGGGAAGUCGCAGAACUUCCUUUAGUUGCUACAAGCAAGGAUUAUCAAGGACAGGGCUACUUCCAGUCGUUGUUCUCUUGCAUUGAGAGGUUACUAGGGUUCUUAAAUGUGAGGAACCUUGUCCUCCCUGCGGCUGAUGAAGCAGAAUCCAUAUGGACAGAUAAAUUUGGGUUCAUGAAAAUACCUGAAGACCAGCUGAGCAAGUUGAGAAAAGAAUGCCAGGUGAUGACGUUUCAGGGAACAGCCAUGUUACAAAGGCCAGUCCCAAAGUGCCGAAUUAUUGGUAAACCAACUGAAGUUAGCUGAGGUGGCAUACUGUAGGAGCCCUAAGGUAGAAAGCUAAUAGAGGAGACAUUUUUGCUGAGCCUUUUCACUUGAAUGUACAGGGAAGGAUCUGUAUUUUGAUUAUGUACAGUAAGGAACAGACUCCUUCCAUACCAGUCAAGGAUAUUUAUGUUAUAGUUUUCUAGCAAUGGAAAGAAGAAAUGAAUGCUCAGUCAGUGGAAUACAAAACGGGGACCAGAUGACGGUCAGCAGCAGAGGAGAAAAUCUAUUCUUUUGUAACUGGGGUUAGGGGACAGAGGAGAAAUCCCUCUUUUUUUUUUGUUUUUUUGGAUGUCCUAUAUCUUUUAAGCCUCUUCUUGGAUGUCUUAUCAAAGAAAAUGUUCUUCGUUUUUUGAUUUUUCAUAUGUAAUUCCGUAAGAUUUUCAUUUCUUGUCAAAGCUCAAAAGCAUGGUUUACCUUUCCCUUUGUGGACAUCGGGUGGAAUCUGGAUGGAACUUUUUACUUUUACAUACCAAAUGAGUUGCCUUUCUUGCUCA